AUGAACAACCUCCGUCAACCUCCAGACAAGGUUCCAGAGUUCCUUUACAUCGUCCAUGAUCCCUCAAAUGAUCAAAAUCCUGGCGGUGUGUCUCACAACUCCGAGGAGUCUUACUCCCCGAGGGAUAUUGGCUUUCGCCCUUAUGAUGUACUUACUCUCGAACGUGAAACUGCAAGCAGCUAUCUUCUUUUCCAUUAUGGCGUCGAAAAUGAGAUGCGAAGAAACCCUCCAAGCAUCUAUGUCGCUGCGACAGAUGACAUUGAAGCUGCGAGAAACCAAGUUAUUACCAGCGAGAAAGAGCUAGUUAUGUACAGGCUAAACGGGAGGUGUGAUGAUAUGAAAAGAUGUGUUGUUUUCAAAGCAUCGAAGUGGCUGCGGGCUUUAAAUUUGUGGGAGGAUGAUGCGGAUGAAGACGAAGAGGAGAAACAUGAAAGGCAGAAGAAGUUAGGGUCUGAGUGGUUGAUUUGGCCAAUCGUUCCGAGAGAGGCGAUCAUUGGUAUGUCGGGAAAAGAGGACAUUAUGAAGGAAACCGAAAAAGAGCAUGAGUCAUCCGCAAACUACCAAGGCCAAAAACGACGAAAGAACUCAGCAGGUCCGAGUCGGGAUCUUGAAGUUGCAAAAACUGCCAAAAAAGGCAAGUCCUCUUCGAAGUCAAGUGCCAGAAAUGAAAAAGGAUUUGUGUGCAAGGAGUUAGACUCGGACGGCGCACCGCAGUACAUGUCUAAAUAUUCCGAAGAGCAACCAUUUCCGUUCUCAGCUAUUCACAUCAUCGAACCAGGAGAAGGCGGCUCGCGGUGUCUUGUCCACUGGGAUACCAACAUAGAACCAAGCUGGUUCAAUAUUCGUGACGUCGAUGCCAGGGCUGUGAGGGAGUUUCGGAGCCGCCAGAUCAGCGCUGAGUCCCGCAAGGAACCGAAAAAGGGAGACCCGUUCGAAAUCCUAUUUGAAGAACCACUCAACAAAGAGACUAAAUUGAAUAGCAGAUUCUUGGUCAGAUGGACUGACACGAGGAGGGUCACGUGGGAGACUUACGGAGGUAGUCCUGGCGUGACGAGGCAUGCUGGUAAUAGAUUUUUGGCGAAAAGGAAUACAUGGACGAGAUAUCGCUAUACAUGA